AUGCUCAGCUCCAAGCGCGAAGGUAGCUCGUCUGUGGCACAACGCCAGAGUGGCACGCCUGCUGGCCUCCUAUUCAGUGAUGCAAGUAAAACUCGUGGUGGCAGGCCACCCACCUACCAGCCCAACACCUCGCGGCCGGCGGAUACACCUUCCCAUCGAGGCCUUCCCCGUCGAACAUCACCUCGCAUCUCCGAUACGGGCUCUAAGCUUCUUUCUCCUCAGCCCGGCGUACCUCCCCUCAGAGAAAUGCAACGCGGCGAACAGUACAGAGACUCUCUCAUCUCGAUAGCUCCUCUUUGGGAAUCCGAAGCGCUCGCUCCACAUCCUUCGCGCCCGUCUUCUCGAGCGUCUUCGCCGCCGCCACAGGUCUUUAGACAAGCGUAUCCCGGGGUAAGGAAUGCACACGGAGCUCCGGCACCUUUGCGCGCCCAGACACCACUGGCUCGUCCCUCCGCCGCGAGCGGCCCACAUCGCCGGACUCGGACUGCAUCGCUGUCGAGUAGCCAGUCGCACGCCGCAUCGUCGACCGUCUAUCAUGAGUCACCGCUGCGUGCCGUAUACCAUGCACAAUCCUCAAGUGUCGCGGACACGUUUUCCUCGCCGGACGAGCCGCCGCGUGUACGUGCACCUCCACCUGGACGCGAGUGGGAUCCAUAUUCGGCAUACGGCCAAACGGGGCCGCAGCGAGCGUCGACUUCGUAUGCCGCAUCGCGUACAUCCACGAACCAGUAUGCGGUUGUCCAUCGUGGCCCUAGGCGGCCAAGUGUGGACACUGCUGUGUACUCGCCAACGCCUAUGCCGCCUGGCCGAGGCUCGCCUGCAUCAUGGAACGCGCCGCUCAGGGAAGCGACGUGGUCCCCGGCGUCCGAACGGUCCGCCGCCUCCGCACCUUCGGUCCGUCAACCCCCGACGGUUGCACGGAGAGAAGGAGAGUUGAAGUCGUGGCAGCAUUGGUAUCACGAGCUCUCCCCGAAGGACCAACUCCAGUCUGCACAGCGUCUCAUGCCGAGGGACGAAGCCGAGGCGCCCAGAACUGUAUCUAUCGCAUCGCUGGAUACGAGCGUCAAGACCAUCAAGGAGGAGAUAGAAGAACGAGAUAUACGUCUGAAGGCGUGGAAGAAGCAGCGUGAAAUCGAGGCCGAGUGGGCCGAGAACAAACGCGAGGCGCAGGAACGCCGUUAG